AUGAAGGGACUAAUAUUUCUCUCUGUCGGGCACAACAGAUUCUCUGGAGAACUUCCAAAUUGUUGGAGUAAUUUGCAAAGCUUGAAAGUUCUGGAUGCCUCAAACAAUAGCCUAUCUGGUAAAAUCCCAAGUUCCCUGAGUUCGUUACAUAACCUCGUUUUAUUGAUAUUGAGCAACAAUAAUCUUCGUGGCAAUAUUCCUUAUCCUGAUUGCCGGCAAGUACCUAGGCUUUAUGUUCUACAGCUUCGGUCGAACUUGCUUGAGGGGAACAUUCCUGAACAACUUUGUUGUCUUUCUGGAAUCCACGACUUGGAUCUUUCCGACAAUAAUUUUAUCGGGUCCAUUCCGAAAUGUUUCCAAAAUUUCACUGCCUUGAAAUAUGGCAAUUCAAGUUUGUAUUACGAAGAGUUAUUUGAGCUCCAAGACAGUACCAUUAAUGAACAGACACUUCUGGUUGGGACUAAGGGAAGAGAACUUGAAUAUAGCAGAACCCUUCUACAGGUCAAGAACAUUGACCUUUCAAAGAAUAAUCUUACAGAUGAAAUACCGGAUGGGAUAUGUAGCUUGGCUUUUUUGGACACCUUGAAUUUGUCAAGAAAUCAUUUCAGUGGAAGCAUUCCCAAGAAUAUUGCUGUUUCCGCUGAUGGAUUUCAUCACUUAGAAAAACUUAAUCACAUGAAUGAAUAA